AUUUGCUCACGGAUCAGUGAAGUCCAAAAAUGUGAAUUCUAUUUGGGUGGACUCUGCCCUUUCUUGGAAUUUAAGAUUCAGGAGCGAGGACCAGCAGAGCUUAGAAAGACAACCCUCACAGUCUGUAUCCACUCCUGGCUUCACUGACUGCUGCCCCUGUAAUAAACCCCCCAGAAACGGAAUACCUCAAUAAAUAAAAAGGGAUCUCCGAAGAGGUGAGAUGAACCUUGAAGAGUAUUUUGCAAGAACUGGCUAUAAAGGCUCCACUGAAAAACAAGAUUUGGAAACCUUAACCGAUAUAUUCCAGCAUCACAUCCGUGCUGUUCCCUUUGAAAACCUCAGCAUCCACUGCGGGGAGAAAAUUACUUUGGAGUUGGAGCACGUUUACAACAAGAUUGUGAGGAGGAAGAGGGGUGGAUGGUGCAUGGAAAACAACCAGCUGCUGGGCUGGGUGCUGAAGGGCCUGGGCUAUGACACCAGCUUCCUGGGAGCCUAUGUGUUCAACCCCCAGCAGAACGCCUACGCCACCCUCAUGACCCACCUGGUGGUAAAGGUGGUCAUCAAUGGCAAAGCCUACAUCGUUGAUGGAGGCUUUGGGGUGUCCUACCAGAUGUGGCAGCCCAUGGAGCUCGUGUCAGGGAAAGACCAGCCCCAGGCUCCCGGCGUGUUCCGCUUCACGGAGAAAAACGGCGUCUGGUACCUGGAGAAAAUGAGACGGAAACAAUACAUCCCCAACCAGAGCUUCUCCAACUCUGACCUGCUGGAGAAGAAGGAGUGUCGCAAGGUUUAUAUGUUCAGCCUGGAGCCACGGACAGUGGAAGAUUUCCGUUUCCAGUGCACAUACCUCCAGACCUCUCCAGAUUCCCUCUUCACAAAGAAGUCCAUCUGUACCCUGCAGACCACCGAGGGAUUCCGGGCGCUGAUUGGGUGGACGCUCACUGAGACCACGUACAACUACAAGGAAAACAUGGAUCUGGUGGAAUUUGUAACUCUUGAAGAUGAAGAGGUGGAAAAAACCCUCAAAGAGAAAUUUAACGUCACCCUAGAGAGAAAACUUGUCCCUAUUAAUGUUAAAGGGUCUUACACAAUCUAGAUGGCCAGGAAGACCUACAGUAAUGCUAUGUGGGUACAGCAGCUUCCACUGUCUGUGCAAUCUCUACUGCAAGGUUAUGGGAUUCUUUUGCAGGUGACUGAAGGAUAUAUACAUUAGUAUGAGAUUAAUGUGAAUUUCACUUUGGGAAAAAUCAGGGAUUUAAGACUCUUGAGUCAGUUAGGUAAAAUUAUUUGCUGGGAGAUGACUGCCGUUCAAUUUUUGGCACAAAUGUAGGAUUUGAUUUGAAUCUGGUUAUAAGCUUGGGUAAGAAAUAUGUCUGGGGAAUUUUGGACUGCCUGUAGCACAUGAGUAUGGAUUAUUAAUUGUGAUAUGCUGCCAACACAUUUUCUAAGGUUAUUAUAGGGAGACAAGUAAUCUGUGAGCAUUUAGACAAGAAAGCACACAUUUAAAACUUCAUUUUUCACAAGAUCAAACCAUUCACAGCUCAUCUCAUCCCUCUACCUUUAAUAUGAGUAAAACAUUGUCAUCUUGGAAAAGAGCAUUAGGAGGCAUAAUUCUUUCACCAUCAUCCUUAGACAAACCAUAGUACAAAAUGAAAAUCGUCAUCAUGUGCAUCCCUCUGGCCAUUACUGCAGGAAACUGCCCCAAGUAAUUUUUGGUAUGUACUAUUCUUCUGGUGAUGAAAAUUCUAUAUAUUGCAGUGUAUUGUGGCUGAUGGGCUCUAAGGAGAUAACUACUAAGCUUUGUUUCUGAGAUAUAAUCAUCCUGUAAACUGCGAUUAGUACUUAAAUGUCACAGCUGGCUUAGAUUUACUUCUGUCCCACAAGGGGUGGAAAUUCUGUACUUUUAGGACUGCCUUGUCUUUGUAUAUGAAGCUAAGCCAACUAUGCCCUUAAUUUUGUCCUGCAAACAUGAGUAUCUGCAUGGCUGUCCUGAAUGGGUACCACUUAGCACAGGAGCUUUAAUGUCCUUAGUGUUUGUUCAUCUGUAUCAAAGUGACAAAACAACCCAAGAAGCCAGCCAAAUCUAAAGGAAACCUUUUCUUUUUUCACAGUCAUGCUUCCCCAUUUUCCAGAAAAUGUUGUUCCUCCUACCAUGCUUCUCUGCAAAAUGCCCAACCAAGGAAACCACUAAGAAAGAGGAAACAUUCUUAAAUGAUUUAAAAAAAUAGCAAAAACAC